UGAAGGCGGAUGCGGUAAUGGUGCGUUCUUCUCUUUGAAAGAAAGCACAGAUCGCGCGUCUUCAAAAAAUAAGAUGAAAGUUGGACUUUCGCUGAUUAUUUUCUUGAGCUCUGCAUUUUGCGUUGCGCGAUGCAGUACAUUCUCAGCUCCAUAUUUCGAGGACGGAGAAAAUCUGAGCUACAAAGACUGCGGAGUUUGGGACCGAAGUAGCGCAAACCGCAGUUCGUGGAUUGCAAUUUUAGUGCAAAAUCAAAAACAAUGUUUUGGAAUAGUAAUUUCUCCAAGGGCAAUCCUCACGCUCGAGUGUGAGAUCAACAUGGAAGAGAAGGAAAACAUUCAAGCUUUCGUUGGCGACUGCGGGACUGUUUAUUCACGCAAUGAAACGGCAUGCACCAACCAAACCAUCGAGGUGCAAGAUGUGAUUGAAUUGAACAAAAAUCCGCGAGCUGCAGAAAGAGUAUUGCUGCAUUUAAUCAUAACUAAAAAAAUGUCCUCAAUAAGCCCCAUUUGUUUGUUCAACCGGGCAAAAUACUCAGACGUGGUGGAACAAACGAACAAAAAUUACUUUGCAUUGCAAAGAUGGCAAAACCCCCAAGAGAAGCAAUCUUGGGACAACCUUGCACCACGACAAAUCGUGCCUUUUGAAAAUUGCUUCAGCAACAGUUCCAAUUUGACGGAGCUGUAUGAGAAGUUGGAACUUGCCCCUCAAAGUCUUCUAUGUGUGCGUGCUUCAGAUAAUUUUAAUGACAUUUCUCUGGUGAAUUCGUACAAGCAACGCUAUUUCCUCCGAGGAUUGAGGGUGAACCACGGCCUGUUGAAAGAACCUUCAAACCAUAGGAUAAUAAUCGAUAUUUUACCCUACAUCGAUAUGAUCGCAAAAUACACAAAAGACAUCCCCGUCCUACCUCGGAUCCCACCUGCGCAUCCCAAAAAAGGACUCAACAAGAAAAGCCUGAGUUUUCCAAAAUGUGGACUAACACCAGAUGCAUUAGAGAAUAAUGGAGGCAAAUUGAAAAGUGAAUUCGGAGAGACGCAGCGGUUGUACGGCGGCUACGAUUCUCGACCUGACGCUCACCCUUGGCAUGCUCAGGUUGAAAAUAUUCAUACAAUUUCAAUCUGCGGAGGAACCCUCAUCUCGACUAAAGCAGUUUUGACGGCUGCCCACUGCAUUUUUGGACUGAAUGCUAGUGACUUUGAUGUUACAAUUGGAGUGUAUGACAGAAAAUCUUCAUAUUCUCCCAAAAUACAAAUCAAUACGCCUAGCAGGUUGAUCUCCCAUCCUAAUUACACAUCCGGGCAAUUUCAUUACGAUAUCGGUCUGAUGAUUUUCGACGAGGAACAAUUUAACAUAACCGAACACGUCCGUCCGAUUUGCCUGUGGAAUGAAGACGCCAGUCUCGAACGCGUUUCUGAAAACCAAGCUGUGGUGAUAGGAUUCGGAAUCACGGACAGCAACAAAACCCUUCCUGAAACUCUCCAAGAGGCUAAAUUGCAAAUCAGGUCCCAUAAAGUGUGCUACCUGAGCAACCGGAGGUUCUUUCAGAAAUAUUUGAAGCCAGGAGACAACUUUUGCGCUGGAUACACUAACGGAACAACCGCGUGCCAUGGAGACAGCGGAGGCAGUCUUUCGCUCGAGAAGAACGGCCGGUGGUUCAUUCGCGGCAUCGUCAGCUUUGGCAUGUCGAAAAAGUCUGCAAACGCGAGCGGCGGAGCGCAGGAGACAGUUUGCAACCCAAACAGCUAUUCGCUCUUCACCGACGUUGCGAAUUACAUGGACUGGAUUCUAGAAAAUGCGCCCGAGGUUUACGAGUAUUACGAAGAAGAAACAUUACAAACGAGUAUUUUCCCCGACUUUAGCUGGUCCGUUUUAAUUUUGGCUUUGGUGAUUAUCUUUUUUGUUUAUAUUUUAUUCAAAUAUAAUUAAAAGAGGGCAGGUAAAUCGGUGUAGAAAAUUUUAUAUACGCCAAAAACUGAUAAUUUUUCAGUGUAGACACAUAUAGACUGGCUGUUGUACAAUAUAUAUUGCAUCGUGGAGUAAAAAAAUUUAGAUUUGUGAGACUCUUAUCGCGAUUUGUGCGCUAUCCUUUUUAGCUUUCUUGGAAAAUACUAUCAAAAAAAUAGGGAAAAACUAAAUUUCUUCCAACUGGGCGUUCAAAUUUUUUAGAAAAUCGGCUUGGAAGUUGGCAUGCUCAUCAAUCUUAAUCUUGGCGAGCAUAAAUGGUCAUCUUUACAAUUUAUUUUAUAAUUUUCGGAAUUUCUCCUCAAAAUUCGCACACCAUAUUAGAUAGAUCGCAACCAAGCGAAAAUUAAUUUAAUUUUUCGAAAAAUUUGACAAAAUUUGUAAUUUUUGACUGAUACUUGACCAUGAUUUCAUUAUUAAAGUGAUUUACUGAUGUUGAUCAAUUUCACUAACAAUUAACUACUUAGUAUAGUAAAAACAAUGCAAAAUGUUCCAAUAGUUGGCUUACUGUAAAGCUCUACUUUAAUAUGUUUAUAGGAUUUUAAUCCUUUGUUAUUUUUAGCACCAAACAAUUGAUGUAAGGUCCACAAUGGAAAUGAAAAAUUGUCAAACUUCACGUUGAUGACGUUAAUUUUUCUCUGUUAUUAGAUGACGCUAAAAUAUAAUGUAUUAUUAAAAAAUUAUAGCAAUUUUAAAUGACAAUUGAAAAUUUUAGUUUUGUUGAAGUUGAAUAAGCGACUGAUUUGUGUGAAAAAAAUAUUAUUUAAGCAAUCCGAAACGAUCCUGUCGUAGGAAUAAAAAAAUUAACAUAUAAAAGUGAA